AUGGAAGAUCUUCUCUCCAACCUCCUCGAGAAGUUCACGGCGCCGCGGGAGCCUCGACUGGACGAAGAUGCGUGGGCGAAACUGGCGGAUGAAGUCUGGACGUAUGAGAAUGACCGCGUGAAGCGAUGGCGCAGCGAGACCAGCACUCUCCUCAUCUUCGCGGGUUUGUUAUCCGCGGUCAUCGCAGCAUUCGUCAGCCAGUACUACGCCGUCCUCGCGCCACGACCCAACUUCAAUACGGCCAUCCUCGAGCGCAUCUCUGCGCAGCUGGACAGUAUGACCACUGAUUCCUUCGUCGCGAUCGCGGAUUCCUCGGGUUCGGCGCUCACUGCCGGCUCACUCGCCGACUCUUCAUUGACAGGCUUACCCUCACCACCCGCCGCACCUCGCUGGAUCGCUACUCUGUGGUUCAUGUCCCUAGUCAUCAGCCUCGGCGUGGCGUCCGUCGCCCUCGCUGUCAACCAGUGGUUGAACUUCCGCGCAGAACCAGCCGAGUUCCGAAGCACAGCCGAGAAACUCUGGACGUGGCACCUCCGUCGGGACGCGCUCAACAAGCGGAAGGUCGAACUCAUCGUGAGCCUCCUUCCCUGUUUGCUGCAGGUCGCCCUUGUCUUCUUCCUGAUAGGCAUCGCGGGCUACUUGAUGGUCUGCGGAGCCGACAUCGCUGCCUGGUCCCCGUCGGCCUCUUGUUUCUCUUCCUUCUUCCCUCCUCCCUGA